GAACAUGAACAUGGAAUCGACGAAUAAUUGGAAUAUCAUAUCGGGUCUGUCGCUUCAACUUUGCUCGCUGGUUUCCCAGUUGGCGCAACGCGCAGUGCAGUGAGUGGAGACAAGUGUAUAUAUGUUUAUAUAUAUAACUAUCAGAAUCAUGGCGAAUCCGAGAAAAUUCAGUGAAAAAAUUGCUUUGCAAAUGCACAGACAAGCCGAAGAAACUGCCAGAUUCGAACAGAUAAUGAGAGAAGUGUCAGCAGCCACUGCUCAGGUUGACAGGACACCGUCUAAUGAAAAUACUUUGCAUAUUAACACCCAAUCGUUGGGAGCUUUCCGAGGAGGCUCCCUUCCCAAUGUAUCUGCAGGAAAUACAACUAAUAAGACAAGUACCCAUACAUCUCGUGCAAAUAAGACAGAAGAAAUUACACAACCUAGGUCUCUUAGCCAUAGAGUGGGAAGACCUAGAUCACAAGCAGGACCAAUAAGGAGGCCACACGACAGAAGGCUGGACAGUUCUCCUUACUCUAGUGGUUCCUUUUUGAGUCCUCCUCCUGAUACUAGUUGGGGAAAUAGACGAGCUAACAGUGAUUCAGCUUUACAUCAAAGUGCAAUGCAGGGUGCUAGUCCUGAUAGAAGUGAUAAUUCAAGAAAUAGGUGGAUGGUCCAUGACAACCAUGAAAGGAACAAUGGAAGACCAAGAUCAAGUUGUGAUAUUACUCGAAUAUCUCCAAGAAUUCAUGUAUAUCCUUCGCCUCAGGUGUCAGGCUCAGCACAAGUACCUAUUGGAAAUAAUACUGGUUCCCUACCAGAUCUUACAAAUAUGGACUUCUCAUCUCCAAUUUCUGUACCUUUGGACCAGGACAGAGAUCAAGGAAGUUCUCCUUAUGGUUCUGAUUAUUUAUUUCCAAAUCAGUACGUAGAACUUGAUUCAUUUACUCCUGUGAAUCCAUUUCAGAGUCCAGUCAAUGUAAGCCCUACUCCAUCACCAACUAACAUUCAUCAAGGAGUUAGAAAUCAAAACCAAUUUCAUUUCAAUCAAGGACCAUCACAUCCUCCUCACUCUAAUCAUUUAUCAGUUCCAGUAAACUCUAGAUAUCCUCUUCGUCCUCACAAGGGAAUAUCAUUAGAGGAAAAUAUACCAGUUGUAAUAGAUAGAGGACCUCAUAAUGACAUGUCUAAUAUAUAUCGCCAACGAUGUUCUCCCCCCACAUCUUCUCCAACGCCGCCUGGUACAUACAGAUCACGACCAAGUCCACAUUCUUCGCCAAGUCCGGGCGGUAGACAUUCAGCUCCUUGUAGUCCAGGAGCUCCAAGCCCAUUGUCGAAUGACUAUCACAACCUUUUCAGUCCACAACAAGCUACACAAUUCCAACAGAAUUUCGAGCAGUUGUCUAUGUUGGACAAUCCAGUCAACGCCGUAUCCUAUGUAGAAGAACAACAUAUGGGCAGCCAAAUGACAACAAACAAUCCACAAGCCCUGUCAGAUGUUUCUGGUGCUACAAAUAUAGAACUGACAUUGGAUGGAGGCUACUAUAGUACCUCGCCAUCGCAGCUUAUGUAUCCUACCACAUCGCCCAGUUUACACACAACUCCAAAUACACCAACUAGUAUACCUGAUAUUACUUUGACCGACUUUUCCUCGGCAUCGGAAGACACAACUAGGCAAGAUUUAGCAGCAGUGAAGCAAUUUGAGGAAGAAUUGUUCUCUGAAGAUGCAUUAAGAAGUAGUUUGGAACCGUUAGGUUCAGACGAAUUUCAAAUUUUAGCAGAAAACGGUAUCAAUUUCAUACCAGAUACCAUAGAAGAACAUUUCAGGCUGGAUCAUUCAUAACAAAAAUAAAAAAGGUUUACUGCCAUCAUAUCUUGUACCUUGAUAUACACUUCCGACCUUUUUGAACUUCUAGAUGUGAUCUUCAAUUCCACCAAUGCCCCAAAGGAAUGGAUGAGUGAAAUGUUUGAAUACUGAAGGUUGAAUGAUGUAGUUAUCGACAUUUCAUUUGGUGUAGUCAGGACAGAUGAUAAAAAUAGAAGAAACAUGAAUGUAAUGAUUUACGUUUGUGUUAUGAAAACAGAUUAAUUAUAUUUGAAGACUGAUAGCAGUUUUACACUGUUUUAACGAAUUUUUGAAUCAUUUGAAUCAAAAAAGUCAACAUUUGAUAAUUGAAUAAAUGGGUUCAACUUUUUCUUAAUGUAUAUUUAUUGUUUGUAUGGAUAAGUACACAAUAAAAAAUUUUAUUAUA